AUGGACUACAUCUCCCAGGAGGCCCUACGCCCCUUUCCCCAAACCCGGACGCGACCAGCCACCCCCUUCGUGACAAAGGUGAAAGAGCUGAGGCUCCAGAGGGAUGACUUUGAGAUCCUCAAAGUGAUUGGCCGAGGAGCCUUUGGGGAGGUUGCUGUGGUGAGACAGAAGAACACAGGCCAGAUUUUUGCCAUGAAGAUGCUACACAAAUGGGAGAUGCUGAAGAGGGCUGAGACGGCUUGCUUCCGGGAGGAGCGAGAUGUCCUGGUGAAGGGAGAUGGCCGCUGGGUGACGACUCUCCACUGUGCUUUCCAGGAUGAUGAUUAUCUGUACCUGGUGAUGGACUACUACGCCGGUGGGGACCUGCUGACCUUGCUGAGUCGCUUUGAGGACCGGCUACCGCCCGAGCUGGCCCAGUUCUAUCUGGCUGAGAUGGUGCUGGCCAUCCACUCCCUGCACCAGCUGGGCUACGUGCACAGGGAUGUCAAGCCGGACAACGUUCUUCUGGACACAAAUGGGCACAUUCGCCUGGCCGACUUUGGCUCCUGCCUGAGGCUCAACGCCAAUGGAAUGGUGGACUCGUCAGUGGCUGUUGGCACUCCUGACUACAUCUCCCCUGAGAUCCUCCAAGCCAUGGAGGAAGGAAAGGGCCACUAUGGGCCCCAGUGCGACUGGUGGUCCCUGGGCGUCUGUAUGUACGAGCUGCUCUUUGGAGAGACGCCCUUCUACGCUGAAUCUCUAGUGGAGACCUAUGGCAAGAUCAUGAACUAUGAGGACCAUCUGCAGUUUCCCCCAGAUGCCCCUGAAGUGUCAGAGAGUGCCCGGGACCUGAUCCGCAAACUCCUGUGUCGCCAGGAGGAGAGGCUGGGCCGGGGGGGCCUUGAUGACUUCCGGGGUCACCCCUUCUUUGAGGGUGUGGACUGGGAGCGACUCCCCACCAGCACCGCGCCCUACAUCCCUGAACUCCAGGGGCCUGUGGAUACCUCCAACUUUGAUGUGGAUGAUGACACCCUUAACCACCCGGGAACCCUGCCACCUGCCUCCCAUGGGACCUUCUCUGGCCACCACCUGCCUUUUGUGGGUUUCACCUUCACCUCAGGUCCCCGGCCGGGCUCAGACAGGAGCCCCCAGCUGGCGGCCUCCAGCCAGGAGCAGAGCUUGCAGAUCCUGGAGAAGGAGAAGGCGGAGCUGAGCGGGAAGCUGCAGGAUGCCCUGCAGAGAGUCGCCCCUGGGUACAAGGAGCUGGAGCUGCUUCGGAAGGAAGCAGAGACCCUGCGGAAGAGGCUGGCAGAGGCCCAGGUGGAGGCUGCCCCAGGUGGGGGGGCGGCCCCUGCGAGCAGCUGGCAGCAGGAGAGAGACCGGCUUUGCCAGGACCUGUCUGAGGCUCGGAAUCAGCUGCAGGCCCAGGCCCAGGAGCUGCUCGUCUCUGAUGGGAGGCAGAAGGAGCUGCAGCAGAGGCUUCGGGAGGCCGAGGAGGCCGCAGGGGAGGCUGGGAGCCGGGCGCAGGCUCUGAGCCGUCAGCUGGACGAUGCCCGGGAAACCCAGGCUGAGCUCGAGGCCAAGCUGGCUGCCCUGAGCCAGGAGGUGAGCCGGCUCCGGAGGCAGAGGGAGAGGAGCCGCGAGAAGGAGCGGACCAAGGCCAAGGCCGUCCAUUCGCCCCCCGAGACCAAUGGCUCUGGGCCGCUGGGCGGGGGGCCGCCGGAGGCCCUGAAGAGGGAGAUGGAGGCUCUGCGGUCCCAGUUGGAGCAGGCUCGGAGCCAGAGCCCCAAAGGGAAGGAUGAGCUGCUCCGGCUCCAGGAGGAGAACAGACGCCUGACCCAGGAGCAGCAGCAGCUAUCAGGAGAGCUCGAGCGAGAGAGGCAGGUCAAGAAACAGCUGGAAGGAGAGCGGCGGGAGAGCGAGAGCAACUGGGAGGCCCAGAUCUCCGACAUCCUCACCUGGGUGAAUGAUGAGAAGGUCUCUCGAGGCUAUCUGCAGGCUCUGGCCACCAAGAUGGCGGAGGAGCUGGAGUCGUUGCGCAGCGCAGGGACCCAGACCCUCCCGGCCCGGCCCCUGGACCACCAGUGGAAGGCCCGGAGGCUCCAGAAGAUGGAGGCCUCGGCCAAGCUCGAGCUGCAGUCUGCGCUGGAGGCCGAGAUCCGAGCCAAGCAGAGCCUGCAGGAGGAGCUGGGCCGGGUCCGGGAGGCCCAGCGCCAAGGGGAGAGCCACCUGCAGGAGGCCGAAAAGCGAAAUGAGACGCUGCGGCAGGAGCUGGCCGCGCUGAGGGAAGAGCUGAAGGCCCGAGGGCCGGGGGAUUCCAAGCCGUCCGGAUCCCUGAUUCCGUUCCUGUCCUUCCGGAGCUCGGAGAAGGACGCUUCGAAGGACCCUCCCAACUCCCCGGACGCCCCGGACCCCCGGCGCCCCGGGCCCGAGUCAGAGCUUCGGCCAGAGGGCCGCCGCAGCAUGCGGAUGGGGGCCGUGUUUCCUCGAGCCCCGGCCCCGGCUCCCGGCGACAGUCUUCCAGCCAAGCCCGGCUCCCAUGCUUUGCGCCCCCGGAACUUCGUGUCCCCCACCAAGUGUCUGAGAUGUACCUCCCUCAUGCUCGGCCUCAGCCGCCAGGGCCUGGCCUGUGAAGAAAUGGGGGUGCAGGAGCUCCGUAGUGGCCCUGGGGAGGUCUGA